AUGAAAAUAUUCGAAGUUCUUGCUGUUUCCUCAAGCGAAAUUGCCACUGAUCAACCAGAGCUUGAUGAUAUCUUCUAUAAUAAGUGCCAAGCGGCACAUCUUGAAAGCCAAGGUUACAAGGUCGAUCCUAAGAUGAUCAUUGAAGAUGACUGUGACAUGGAGGAUGUCCGCGCAGCCAGUAGCGUGUAUUCAAAAUGGACAAAUAUGUGGGAUCCAGAAGAGAACAAGUACAUCAUCCCAUAUUACUAUGCGGAAGGUUACGCCGACCUUAGCUAUCCUUAUCGGGGAGUAACCCAAACUGGAGUGAUGUCGAUGGCUGGAAUCAAUAAGAACGUCGCUCAUUUCGAGACAUUGACUUGUCUCAAAAUGAAGCUCAUCACCGAAGCAGAAAAGGACGAGUACGAAUCAGUCAUUCGAGUCCACUGGGAUGACCCUGAUAAACGUUGCUCAUCAGGCAUCGGCCGCUGUACCGGCAUUUGUGAAAUUUCUAUGCGACCUGAUUGCCACAAGUGGCACAGCGAAACAACUGUCAACCACGAGUUCAUGCAUCGAUUGGGAUUUCGCCACGAGCACACUCGACCAGAUCGCGAUGAGUGGGUCUCAAUCCAUCCCAAUUUGGUGGACGAAAGCAACUAUAGAAAAUUACCUUUGAGCGACUGGGAGGACCUCGACAGUCCAUACGACUUCCGCUCAAUUUUGCACUACACCGUCAAAACCGAAGACGACGGACUUCCAACAAUCGGCAUCGCAAGUGAUCCAUCUAUCGGGGCUCCUGUUCAUCGACAAUGGCCGAUGUCCGACCAAGAUGCGUUCCAGUUAAACGCAUUCCAUGCAUGUGAGAUAAAUGACAAAUGCGCGGACGCCGGAGAAGAUAGAUGUGGCGGUUCGAGGCACAAAUGCCUGAACCAACCGAUCGGCUACACCUGUGAAUGCGCUGACGAUUACGAUCUUGUCAUAAACGCAGAAGAAAUCCAGACGUGUGUCCGUGAUGGUUCUGAGGAGACUCAGUACACUAUCAGAAUGGAAAAAAUAAAUGAACACUUGACCAGACUGAUUGAUAGUUUGGAGAAAACACGCUACACAAAUAAAUACACUCGAAAGAUGCAGAAAAAAAUUGAGCAUCUGGACGCCGCCACAAACGAGGAAAAGUUCAGAUGCGAUGGAUCCGACCGACCCGAUGGAGAAGGAGAAGACAUCGCAGUGUUUGACGGAGAGACAAAUUGCAAGCUUGCUUCCCAAAUCAACAGUGCGCUUGUCUCGGCAUCUCGAAAAUGGGCUUGUAGAAAGGGAUCUGCCAACAGACUCGUCCGACACUUCAACAAGUACAACCGUCAAUUCCAGGCGCGAAUGUGCUCCGACGAGUGA